AUGAUAAAAGGAGGAUAUGGAGGUGGAGGAAAUGCAUUUAACUACUAUUAUGAUUCUCUUGAUAAUGGAUGCGGGAGCGGUGGUGGUCAAACCGCUGUCAAAUUCCUGGCAAACGAUCUUUGGCAUCGUGUAAUUGUGGCAGGUGCUGGAGGUGGUUCUGAUAAUGCAUAUACAGAUCCAAACGGCGAAGAUGAUGGAUCAGGAGGUUCAGGCGGUGGCUUUACCGCCCAAAGCUAUUGGAAAGAUGGUAUUGUGGACACUACAAGAAGCGCUACUUCCACUUUUGGUUUCACUUUUGGAUCAGGUGAAUCAGCUCGAAAAGAAGGCUCUUUACAUCCUUCAGGUCAGAAAAUUGUUACCUAUGAAACUGAUAGAUCAGGGGCUGGCAGUGGAUGGUUCGGCGGAUUCGCAGGCCACAAUGGAAACUCUGGUUCCGGAGGAGGAAGCUCAUGGAUACUCUCUGCUGAUGCAAUUUUUCCAACAGGAAAUAUAUCUGCACAAGGAAGUUUUUUCAACGAAACUGAAUCUAAUCCAUACUACUUUAAAUUGAGCGAUGGUUAUGUUUUUAGUGAUGUCAAAACCUAUCCAGGAAUCUGGGUAGGCAAUGGUAGACUUGUUAUAACUAUUCUUGACAGUCUGGAUUGUCAAUCAUGCCUUUUUGUUAGCCGUCUUCAGCUAACAUAUGAACUUUUGUUUAUUUUGAUUUUGAAAUCCAAAUGA